AUGAACAGGUCAUCCUCGUUUGUGAUACUGGAUGAGUCUGAGGACAUGGGAUCCUCAGCCUUUGCCACGGACUGUGUCGUAUACUUUGGAAACUUCUUCAUUCCAGGAAGCGAGGAUCUCGUCGAAUCGCUACUUGUCAAAAACGCAUCUAAAGGACCUUGCGAAACUGCGGAUGCAUUGUCUACCUCACCUCUGCUACUGACACCGCAGUCCGAUCUGGAAUCUUCUUCAUGGGCCGUCUUAGAUGCGUCCAAAACUACAUCCGAAACUACCCAAACACCAAAAGACACUUUUCUUAUGACCGACACGAAGAACGAAGAAGUGGUAGUUAAUGACUCCGAGGCAGAAGAAGUCCCCGCAUUGGCAGCCGCUGCUGAACUUCCCCCCAUCUCGGCAGAAGGUGAGAUGGAAGCAUCGGUAGAACGACCAUCCGAAAGCGAUGCCCAGAUUUCGUCACUUUCCUCUCCUCUUGAACGCGCCUUCGAUUUUAUCCAAUUCCUGCGUAAUUUGUUCGCCCAUUUUGAUGGAACGACAAAAAAGGCAGCCGUGACCGUACUUGUUCUCAGCGGUAAGUUGACUUCCUUCCCUCGGCUAACUGAACCAAUCAUAUUUAGUGCUGAUUUCGGUGCCAUAUCUGCAUAA